AUGACGCGCUUCCGCCCCUGCAUCGACCUGCACGCAGGGCAGGUGAAGCAGAUCGUGGGCGGGACGCUCGGCAGCGCCACGUCGGAGCUGCGCACCAACCACGUGUCGGCGCACCCGCCCGCCCACUUCGCCGCCCUGUACCGGGCCGCGGGCCUGCGCGGCGCCCACGUCGUCAUGCUGGGACCCGGCAACGACGGCGCCGCGCGCGAGGCCCUGGCCGCCUGGCCGGGGGGCUUGCAGGUCGGCGGCGGCGUGACCGACGCCGACGCCGCGGCCUGGCUGGCCGCCGGCGCCGACAAGGUCAUCGUCACGUCCCGCGCCCGCCUGGAUGCCGUGCUCGCCGCGCUCGGCGGCGCGGCGGACAGGCUGGUCAUCGACCUGAGCUGCCGGCGGCGCGGCGACGCGUGGUUCGUCGCCACGGACAAGUGGCAGACCAUCACCGACAUGGAGGUCAACCAGCAGUCUAUCCGUGAGCUCGAGCCCUUCUGCUCCGAGUUCCUCAUCCACGCCGCCGACAACGAGGGCCUGCAGCGCGGCAUCGACGAGGAGCUCGUGCGGCGGCUCGCCGAGUGGUGCACCAUCCCCGUCACCUACGCCGGCGGCGGCCGUAACCUCCAAGACCUGGACGCCGUCGACAGGCUCAGCGCCGGAAAGGUCGACCUCACCAUCGGCAGCGCCCUCGACUGCUUUGGCGGCAGCGGCGUGACACUUGAGGAGUGUAUAGACUGGAAUCGCCGGAAGGACGAGGAAGAGGCAGCAGUCACAGACCGGACGAGCAAAAGCACAGACACAAUAUAA